AUGGUCGCCUCGCAUCGACUCAAGAAAGUCGCCGAUACUCUGUCCUCAAAUCCUAUCUCUGCCUCGGUGUUGCCUGAUACAAUGUCUUCUCGAGUGCAAGAGCCUGACCGGCUCCCCUGGGAUCCUACUUGCGCGCGGUUUCCUUCUCGCAAGGAGUUGCCCGCGCUCACCGGCGCUCCGGAAGGUGCAGCUUGGGUGUGGGGUGAAGAUGAUUCGCUUGGAAGAUUGAAUCUGCUUACCCCGGAGCGGGUGAAGGCUGCCGCGGCGGAGAUUCAGACGGGGGAAAUGAUUCGGCUUGACCUUCCGUUGAAUGUUCCCGAGACUCCGGCUUUUGGACGGGAGGCUUUCCAGCAUAAAAUCAAGUUACUGGUCGAUGGCGUGGCGUACGAUGAUACGUAUACGUUGAACACACAGAGUGGUACGCAAUGGGAUGGGUUCAGACAUUUUUCGCAUAUCGAUUCUCAAACCUUCUACAACAGCACCAAAGCCUCCGACAUCGUCGGCGAAAACGCGAACCUCCGCUGCAGCAUCCACCACUGGGCUGUCCAUGGUAUUGCCGGCCGCGGCAUCCUGCUCGACUAUCGCCAUUACGCGAAAGUCCACAACGUCGACUAUGACCCCUAUACGGCGCACCCCAUCUCCUUUGCCGACCUCAAAGCCUGCGCCACGUACCAGGGGAUCGAUCUCCGUCCGGAGUUGCAAGGCGGGGACAUCAAAGUGGGCGACAUCCUCAUGGUUCGCUCGGGGUUUGUAGAGCGGUAUGACCAGCUGACUCCGGCGGAGCGCACAGCGGCCGCCCAGCGCGCACACGAUGAUUCCAAGUGGGCUGGUUUGAAGCAAGAAGAGGCUGUAAAGGACUGGCUUCAUGACUGCUACUUUGCCGCGGUUGCAGGAGACUCGCCCACGUUCGAGUGCUGGCCGCCGAUUGACGGCAACUACAUGCAUCAGAGCAUUCUGGCGUUGUGGGGCAUGCCACUGGGCGAGAUGUGGGAUUUGGAGAAGUUGGCGGUUAAGUGCCGGGAAAGGAAGAAGUGGACAUUCUUCAUGACGAGCGCUCCGGCCAAUGUUGCUGGUGGUGUUGGAUCUCAUGCAAACGCGACAGCUAUUCUUUAGAGCUAAGCUGUAUGUUGAACUAUUCUAUGUAUCAGCGUCUCGAUUAGCAAUAUCUCUAUGGUGAAUCACUCCUUCUGCCGAAGACACUUAUAUAGGUACAAAAUUCUAGACAAAGUCAACAAGUUGUGCAUCGGCAACGUAGAGAUCAAGCUUGGCUUGCAAUUAAGCACUUCUUGCCUUGUAGCGCUGUCUAUAAGGAUUACCAUCCCUUCUGCAAUGUGCUAACGUCUGUCUAGAUUGACGAGGGAUGUAUACCUCUUGAACUCUCUUCCAAAGAACGGUACAUGUACUCCAGGAAGGAGAACAACAACAACAACCAGAGCAG